AUGAAGAUGGAAAGCAUUCUCUUGCCCCUCGGGCUCACUGCUGCAGUGGCUUUCAUGCCAGUACACGGUCUUACAUCCCUCAACGGUACUCUUUUUCAAUCAACCUUCGUAUCAGACGACCAGGACCAAGUCUUCCGUGUCGGAGACAAUCAGUAUCUCGCCAUCACCUCUGGUCCUGUGUCAUCUGUUCCUUGUGUUUCGGACCCCUCUCAGGGGCCUAUCACAUACAUAUCCGCCCUUUCCGCUGAAACCAGCGGUGAUCAGCUUCAGCAGGCUAUUGAGAAGGCCUUGGGGGAAGACGACGUCUUUACUGAGGGCUUCCUCGGAAGCGUCCUUGUCAGCGCCAGUGGCUCCGACGAGCUCGAUGAUUCGGCAAUUGCUUAUCUCGAAGGAAUCGGGUCAACUAUCAUCUAUGCCGGCGCGGAUGGACCGACCACUUGUGGCAGCUCAACUCUCAUCCCCUGCCCUUUCUUUGCCAUUAUCGACGGAGAGAGUCUUUGGCUUAGCAAGAUACACCGUAUGUACGUCGACACGUACAGAACAUUCGUGACUGGCGUGUACGAGUCGAAUGGCAUUUACAAGUCUUUGACGCAGGCGGAGGCCGACUGGGGAUAUCCCAUGAUUCCCGUCCCCUCGAGACUUUACAGUACCGAGGAUGACAGCCCGUUGGCAGGCCAGCGUAUUGGAGUCAAGGACAUCUAUGAUCUGGAAGGUAUUCAGACUACUGCGGGUAGUCGAGCGUACGCUGCGGUCAACGAUGUCGCGAGCAAGACUGCGCCAGCGCUCCAGCAGAUUAUCAAUGUCGGUGGAGUCAUCGUGGGCAAGCAGAAGACAGCUCAGUUUGCAUCUCCCGAGAACCCCUGGGACUGGAACGACGCCUCUUAUCCUCGCAAUCCCCGUGGCGACACCUUCUUGAGCUGCUCUGGCUCCUCUGCUGGAGCUGGCUGCUCCGUUGCCGCGUAUGACUGGCUUGACUUUGCCGUCGGUACUGAUACUGGUCUCUCGGUCCGACAGCCUGCUGCGUUUUCUGGUACCUUUGGCAAUAGGCCCUCACAGGGUAUGAUUGUCAUGGAGAAUGUCAUUACCAACGCUUUUAAUGCCGACACUGCCGGAUUAUUUGCUCGCGACCCUGCCAAGUGGGCAGCCUUCGCCAAGGCGUGGUACGAUCCGUCACUCCACGAGGCCACCUCGCUGAAUGGCCUGCCUGAGUUGUCGGUGCCCGACGACCGCACGUUUCCCAAGCGUAUUCUCUAUCCCGUCGACCAUUUGCCGCUGAAGAAUGCUGCCGCUGAGACUGUUCUCCAAAAGUUCUUGAGCGACGCAUCUGCAGCUUUAGGCGCCGCAGUGGAGAAUUUCAACCUAACGGAAACGAUCGAGGAGACCACAGGACGGCCCAUCUCGCAAGUCCUUGGCGAUUUAUUCAUUCUCUGGACUCAUGAUCUGAUCCGGAAAACUUCAGAGCCCUUGCUGGCUAAGUACAGCCCUAGCUUUCCGGCUCUUGACAACCCAUACCGUGGGGUCUUUCACAGUCUCACUGUUGACGACAACACGUACAAGUCCGCAAUGGCCAACAGAACCCGUGACGCGGCUGCCUGGCACGAGAAAGUUCUCUUCUCCACCAAUGAUUCUUGCUCAGAGUCGAUUUUCGUCUACGACGUCGGAACUGGCGGUAUUCCUACGUUCAGAGAGCAAGAUCUCAACAGCGGUCCGGGGGCAACCCUCCCUGUCAACCCCACCACCGCUCAGGCAGCAUCGACUUCGGCGUCAUACUUUGGCGAUGCGGAUUUCACUGUGCCCAUUGGUCAGGUCUCCUACUUUAGCAAUGUCACCUUCCAGGAGGAGAUCAUGCCGGUGACUGUAAACCUUGUGGCCAAGAGGGGCUGCGACUUUGUUUUGUUCAACAUGAUCAACGAGUUAGUGGACAAGGGUGUCUUGAGCACGGUUCUGACGGGACAGACAGCUUUCGCUACUUGA